UAAUAAAUACAAAUCAAUACCUAAAACAAAAAAUUUAAUUUAUUUUAGAUCCAAAAAUAUUUUUAAGCAACCCAAGAAUAAAAUGAAACAAAACAAACAAUGAAUGCAAUACAAGAUGUUUUCCUCUUGGACUGUGAUACUUAUGAAGAUUACUUGGAUAUUUAUAUCACACGAAAUGAUUUAAGAUUCCUUCGAAAUAUUCGCUUCAGUCGAAUGUUAGUUGAGCUUGGGUAUCGUUCAACAACUGAAAUCUACACUCCCGAACAAUUUAAUAUUCGAAAAGCUGCCGCUUAUGAAGCUAUGUUCCCCAUUAAAAAAUCUUUAAUUUUAUUUCAUGAUGGAAUUCAAAUUACCGAUCCUGUUUUGCAUGAACUUGCUGAAAGAGAAAAAUCAAAUUAUCAGAAAAUUCUUUCCACAAUAAUUUUCUUACGCCAUCGCCAAAAAUCUGGAUUUGAGAUAUCCGGCUAUAUUGACUUUGAAAACAGUUUAAGAAAAUCAAAUCUUAAGACUGAUGAUUCUACAGAUUGGAAGGCUGUUUUCAUGAUGCGUUCGCUUUUGCGACCCAAACCCACUGAUUUAAGUUUUCAUAAUUCUCGAACUAAUACAACAUUUAAUAACGAAUCGGAUAACUAUGCAAUAAUCAAUGAUCAUGAUCAUGGACUGAUUUUUAUGCAUAAGGGAGAUCGAAAGAAAAUUUUUGUUAAUCAAGACAAAGGCUCUGGUCACGCUAAUGCAACUAGAACUAUGGUAUUUUCACCAAAAUAUGGUCAUGUAAUUUUGUACGAUCAUAUAAUACGAAAAAAAGCUUAAAAACAA